AUCCAAUUUGUCUUCUCAUAUGUACACAGUAUCUGAACUGGUGGCUAUGCAUGUGACUGUAAUGACAGAAGAUAUGGAGCUCAAUCUUAAAAGCUAUUUAUCCCUACAUAUGAGUUUUAAAGUGAUUCAGCCAUAUUUGGCUUACAGAAUGUUACCAUUUUAGAAGAAUAACUGGCCAUGCCUCUAAAAGAAGCUAGAGCCAAUUAGUGCAGAGGUGCUGUGGUUUUGAUAUCAUGACGGGAGACGCACAGCAUGUUUAUGCAAUUAAAAAUUCAGACGCUAAAUCCAAACAGCAGCAAAAGGAGGAUGUUUUUGAACAUUUCAGUGAAAAAGAUCCUGAUAAACUAAACAGCAGUAACAAUAGCAUAUCUGAAAGCUGCAAGACAGUGUUGAAUAAUACUUGUUUAAACAGUUCCCAUCUCCACAAAAAGAACAAGGAAAGCCACAACCAGAGAGAGGCUGUGAUUAGGCCACAGCAGGCUGGUAAAAUUGACUUUAAGUCUCUUCAAAACAGACCAAAGUUUUCAGGUGAAAGAACAUGGUCUUUAUCCAGUGGUUCAAAUGGUAAAAGUAGUCCACAAUCACCUACCGGGAAAAACAAAGGAAGAGACAAAAUUAAAAAGUAUGGGAAAGGGCCUCCUCACCUUUAUAAACUUAAUAUUGUUAACUCACGAUCAAACCCUACCAUUGGGAUAGCAUAUCCACAACAAAAGGUUACAUCAACAAGGAAGCUAGAAGGAAACAGAGAACAUGUAACAGGAAGCUAUCGUUUUAAUGUGCCCAGGAUACCAGAAAGAGAAGCAGAGCUCCAUCAAGAAGACCUUAGCUACAGCCGACGUUUUCAGGAGGAUUCUGCAAACCAUACUUCCACAAGUUAUACCUCACACACUACAGUGGUCACAUGUCAGCAUCAACCAUUAAAAACACAAUCACAGGUAAACAGUAAUGUUUCCAGAGAUAGUUCAAAUUCCAAUAGCCAAGUACCAUGCCCAGAAUUCCAUGGAAACAGAAAUAAAUCAAAUUUCUCACCUUUUUCAGUGGACUGGCAUUGUCCAGACAGGACAUUUCCAUGUACUGUCUAUGGAAUGCCCUCUUUUAAACAAAGCACUUUUCCUGUAACUGCAGAAAGCAACAGAUCUAAUACACGGAGCUUUAGAUCAAUUCAGUUUCAGUAUCCAAUCCCACAGUUGCAGGAGACAGCUUCUGAACCAUUCAAUAAUGAACACAACAGCCAAAGUCACUUUCAACAAGAUUACUUAGAUAUCCCAUUGCCUAACAGCCAAAUAGCACAUGGUGGGUUUAUAUUUCAGCUUUCAACUGAUGGUCAACAGGAAUCUUUAAGGAAUGGUCGGUAUGAUACACCAUCAGAUGGGAGAAGCUACACACAGACUUCCCAUCAGACAAAGUUUAUGCAUCCAUCUAUUCAAGGUACUCAACUUCAGUCACCUUUGUCUCAUUACAAAGGAAGAACAGAUCAUCCAAGUGAUAUAAAUGGUAUUAUAUCUUCAACUGAUGCUGUAUCAUCUUCAAUUGAUACUGUAUCAUCUUCUGCUGGUGCUAUAUCGACCUCUACUGGUGCUAUAUCGACCUCGACUGGUGCUAUAUCGACCUCGACUGGUGCUAUUGAGCAAAGUCACAGCACUUUCCAAGAAAACCAAACAAUUUGUACAUCAGACACAGUCAAUUUGCACAAUAAUGGUGUUGGAUUUGUUUCUACAAAUAAAAGGUGCUUAUCUUUAAAGGGCAACCGAAACACUGAAAGACUGGUCACUCAAGGAAAAGCCCUGAGGAGAAAUACAACCCAUAGUUCUUUACCCCAAAUGCACUUUCAGGAUAAAAUUUAUGGUGGUUCUUCUAACUGCAGUGUUCCUGGUGGCUUAGUGCCUUUUGACAAGAACAUUUCAAAUAAAAUCCACAGUCAUCCCAGGGCAUCACAAAUUUGGGAAGGAAAUAACAAGAUGUUGCCGACAAAGGACCAAAGUUCUGCACCUUACUCUUCAUCAGCUGCAAACCAAUUUUCAUAUCCAUGUCAAUCUGUUACUAAUUUAUCAUUUGCUGACCACAGGCAGCAUGUCCCAAAAAAUAGUAUUUCCAGGUUUCCAUGGCAGCAAAUUCACCUUACAUCUGUGCUGCCAAACCAAAAUAGAAUAGAACUUUCAAGACAACUCAGUAGCCAGCAGCUUGCUUUUACACCUGACAGCUCAGAGUGGCAAGAAUGCAAAAAAAUGCAGAAAAAUGUACCUGUUUGUAAUUCAGUAAAUUUUCAUCAUAAGACCCAUGCCCAUAAUGAAGAACUUCACAAUGCUAGAAGUGAUGGGAGCAGACAAAACCUGAACACAGCUUCUGCUUUUUCAUUUCAGAACGGUCUAGUUAAUUCUAACCCAUCUCUAUGUGAAUCAGAAAAUGCAAACACGUUCUGUGGUUUGAACCAACCAGCUGUACCAGCGCCUACAAGAGCUGGUAAUCACACAGCAUUAUCAAUAUCAAAACUUAACUCAGCAUCAGCCUCUCCAUACCAGUCACCACCAUCUUCACCUGUUCUCAAUCCUGGAUCUAUUAGCACGUGCUCAUCUCUUUCUCCAGUGUCUACUGUGUACAGUGCCAACAGUCCUCUGAACUCCAAUUCAGAAGAAGGUCAGUUACCCACUGUAGCGACACUAUCCAAUCUCUAUCAUCAGCACCAUCACACUAAAGAUGGGAAGAACUUCAGUUCAUCUGAGCAAAUUAAUGCUGACCUUUUGCAAUGUGAUCCACACAGAGCAUUCACAUUUUCUUCAGCUGAUCAUGCCAGGGUAACCAAAGAUAAUCAUGUAUUAUACAUCCAGGACAACUCAUUGUCACAGCAGAAUGCUGAGAGCAAUCGAUGCACAACUGCCUUUGAUACUGAAUCGCAGUCCUUCUUAGAGCAGCAGCUUUUAGCUAAUUCACUCAGCAGUGCAAAUCUUGACCAACUUGAUCUUGUCACACAGAGCUGCAUGAAAUACCCAGAAUAG